AUGCCUAAGAAUAAGGGAAAAGUGAGUAGCCAGAUCUCUUCAUCAGCAGCAUUUCUUCCGCCCACACCGGCUGCCCCCUUUGCGCGCGCGCGUAAACCCCUCCAUCGUCUCUUCCCCGCCCCCGCCAUGGGUGGCAAGAAUCGCCGUCGCGGUACCAAGGAAAACGACGACCAACGUCGAGAACUCACCUUCAAGGAGGACGGUCAGGAAUAUGCUCAAGUCUUGAAAAUGCUGGGCAACGGCCGUCUUGAAGCCCUUUGCUUCGACGGAAGCAAGCGUCUAGCCAACAUUCGCGGUAAAAUGCGAAAGAAGGUCUGGAUCAACCAGGGCGACAUCAUUCUCCUGUCCCUGCGUGAUUUCCAAGACAACAAGGGCGACGUCAUCCUCAAGUACACCGCCGACGAGGCCCGCACACUCAAGUCGUACGGCGAGCUGCCCGAAAAUGCCAAGAUCAACGAGCACGACAACUUUGGCCAGGGCGAGGACGGCGAGGCCUUCUUUGAGUUUGGUGACGACGCCUCCGACUCGGACUCGGAAGAGGACGACAAGAAGAAGGAGGUCGACAUUGACGACAUUUAA